AUGGUUUGGUGCCCUUCCUGCCAGGCUGAUUGUCCUACAGGGCGUGAUGGUUUCUACAUAACUUGUAUGCGAUGUGGAAAAGUUGUUUCCUCUGAUGACUUCACCGAGGAGCCAACAUUUGUCAAAGGCCCUGGAGGAGAGGCAAUAGCUGUCGAGCGUAGUUUUACCAAGGGGCGUAGAACUGAUCAAGUUGCAGCAGCUUGCCUUUAUAUUGCAUGUCGGUCAACAAAUAAAUGCCAAUAUCUACUAAUUGAUUUUUCCAUUUGUUUGCGUAUUAAUGUUUAUGUGCUGGGAGCUGUAUUUCUACAGCUUUGCAAACUUUUAAGUGUUCAAGACCAUCCUAUAGUUCAAAAACCAGUUGAUCCAAGCCUUUUUAUGUCUAUGUUUACAAGUCGUCUAAUGGGAUUCGAUAAUCGGAAGGUUUCUAAUACUGCAAUUCGCAUUGUAGCCGGUAUGAAGCAAGACUGGCUGCAGACAGGCAGAAAACCUAGUGGGCUAUGUGGUGCAGCGUUAUAUAUCUCGGCUCUUUCACAUGGAUUGAGUUAUUCGAAGUCAGAUAUAGUGGAGGUUGUCCAUAUAUGUGAAGCAACUUUGGCAAAACGAUUGACUGAAUUUGAGAAUACAGGGUCUGGGAGCUUAACAAUUGAGGAGUUCAACAAGACUGCUAAGGAGCUUGAAAAUGAGGAUCAUGCAUUCGAACUGUCAGCUGUUGAUUGCCAAAAGUCUAGCACAAUGGAAGUGCUAUGUGAACACAAAGGCAGAGAUCCUUAUUUUGCUUGCGGUCUUUGCAAAAGUUGUUAUCAAGAUUUCAUCGAACUUUCUGGGGGACUUAAUGGCGGAUCAGAUCCUCCCGCUUUCCAGCAUGCUGAAAGGGAGAGAUUAGCCAAAGUCUCUGCUGUGGCGGUUAAGGAAUCAGAUUUCGUCUUAAAACCUCCCAAGAAAAAAACAGCUGUGAGAAUGUAUGAAGCUGACCUGUUUGCUACAGCCAGCCAAAAUGUGGGUUUGCCUGUCACUGGUGGUGAGUUCAGAGCUGAUGGUGCUAUUGAUACAUACCAUAAUUUUAAGGAGAUGAGUAGUGCUGCUGAUGAAACAGAAAGCCUUUCUGAUAUUGAUGAUGCUGAGGUCAAUGGCUACCUUAACAGUGAGGAGGAGAGUCGGUACAAAAAGAUCAUCUGGGAAGAAAUGAACAAAGAAUAUCUUCAGGAACAAGCAGCCAAGGAAGCGGCAGCUGCUGCUGCUAUUAAGGAUUUUAGUGCGGCUUCAGGUGAUUUUCGUGCAGCAUGCGAACUUACUUCUGCUGCCGCUGCUGCUGUUGGAAAAUUAAAAGAGGAGAAACGAAGAGAAAGACAAGCUUUGGAAGCUAAGAAUGCUGGUCCUGCUCAAACUGCUGCAGAAGCGACCCGAAACAUGUUAACUAAGAAGAGAUUGAGUUCGAAAAUCAACUAUGAUGUAUUGGAGACUCUCUUUGAUGAUGAUCUGGCUCCAGAUGCAAAACGAAACCACCCCGACUCUCAUCAUGACAGAAGUGUCACCGGGCAACAACCUGAUGAGGAAGAAACUAAAUCUGGCGCCACGUCCAAUAAUGAUGAUCAGGGACAGGAUGAUGAAUAUAUGGAAGUUAAUGAUUAUGAUUAUGGCGCGGAAGUUAAUGAUUGUGAUUAUGAUGUUGAUGAGGAUUACAACGAAAUCUUGACUUAG